UGUUCAUAGCUUCUCCCUCAUUGUGGAGGAGAAGAGUGUAGCGGCUCCGAUGUAAAAUACUAUGCUGGUCUCGUGAAUCAGACUUCUUAUGUAGGCUAUCUCUGUUUUCUGUCGCUCCGGCCUACUUUUCCUUUUCAUUUUUCAAACCCACUUCUCAAUGUCUUGGAGACAUAAUUGCCAAGUUCUUGAGCGCAGCAUGCAGGGAUUUCAACAUGCUUGGAUAAAAAGUUUGACAGCUCCUCUUUCGUGGUCCAGUUCUGAGGAGUUUCGGACCUGAUCCGACUCUAGGCUACUGCUUUGCAUCCCGCAUCCUGUCAAUCAAUCGUGGACAGCAUAGUAUGGUCGUGUCGUUUCCGUAAUACAAUCCGAACACAUUUUCCCCAAAACCGGGCAACAUGACAAACUGGAGUUGGAAUAACUUUGCGUUUCUGAUUGCUUUUUAUGUCUUGUCCAUGUCCGCUGCAACGGGCAAUACAGACAACACACUUCUGAAUUUACAUGACGGCAACAGCUUGAACCAGAGUGUGCUACACAGUGUCGUCCCUGAGCCCCAACGCUAUGACACCAUGGUACCUUUCCUGCUGGAAGGGCCGGAGCGCAAACCACUCAGCCAGCUCACGUCCAGGAGUCAUCCUGCCUCACUGAGGCUGGUGGUGGAGGCGGAAGGUGAACAACUGGUCCUGGCACUACAAAAAAACCAGGGCCUGUUUGCAAGUCAUUACACUGAGACACAUUACCUGGAGGAUGGGAGUCCCGUCAGUGCUGCUCACAACUCUACGAAGAACUGUUACUACCAUGGAGAAGUGGAAGGCCACGCUAACUCUGACGUCACUCUCAGCACCUGCUCUGGCCUCCGGGGUUUCAUCUCACUUGAAAAUAAGACCUUCGUCCUUGAACCAUCGUUGGACCAGGACAAUUAUACACACAUCAUUUACCGAGGGGAAAACCUCAACCUGUCCUCUGGAACCUGUGGUCAUGGCUUCAACAUAUCCUCUGUUACACCUGACAACCAUCUAAGAAGCCCUUUCAGAACAUUCAGUACCAGGCACAAGAGGCAUGCUCAGAAGACUACCAAAUACGUAGAGCUGAUCAUCGUUGCAGACAACAGAGAGUUUCAGAAACAGGGAAAGGAUGUUGAGAGGGUGAAGCAGAGACUGGCAGAGAUAGCCAAUUACGUGGACAAGUUCUACAGGGUCCUGAACAUCCGCGUGGCCCUGGUGGGCCUGGAGGUAUGGAGCGACUCUGAUAAGUGUCCUGUCACUCAGGACCCCUUCAACACCCUGCAUGAGUUCCUAGACUGGAGGAAAGUCAAACUUCUGCCUACGAAAUCACACGACAACGCUCAGCUCAUCAGUGGGGUGUACUUCCAGGGUACCACCAUUGGCAUGGCUCCCAUCAUGAGCAUGUGCACAGUGGAGCAGUCUGGAGGCAUCGUCAUGGAUCAUUCGGAAAAUCCCCUGGGUGCAGCUGUGACUUUAGCACACGAGCUGGGGCACAACUUUGGCAUGAACCACGACACCCCGGAGCGGGGGUGUGGCUGCAGGAUGACAGUGGACCGUGGGGGCUGCAUCAUGACCCCCUCCACUGGGUAUCCAUUUCCUACUGUGUUCAGCACCUGCAGUAAGAAGGACCUGGCAGCCAGUCUGGAGAAGGGAGUGGGGAUGUGUCUGUACAACAUGCCUGAGGUCAAGGUGCUCUACGGGGGACAGAAAUGUGGCAACGGAUAUGUGGAGGAGGGAGAGGAGUGUGACUGUGGAGAGCCGGAGGAAUGCAUGAACCCCUGCUGCAAUGCCACCACCUGCACCCUAAAGGGAGAUGCCGUGUGUGCACACGGACAGUGCUGCGAGGACUGCAGGCUGAAGCCUGCUGGCACACCGUGUCGAGAAUCCAGUAACUCCUGUGAUCUGCCAGAGUUCUGUACUGGUGCCAACCCCCACUGCCCUGCCAACGUGUACCUGCAUGACGGGCACUCUUGCCACAAAGUGGACGGAUACUGCUACAACGGCAUCUGCCAGACCCACGAGCAGCAGUGCAUCACACUAUGGGGACCAGGAGCCAAACCUGCCCCGGGGAUCUGCUUUGAGAGGGUCAACUCAGCAGGAGAUCCUUACGGGAACUGUGGCAAGGACUCCAAGGGAUUGUUUGCCAAAUGUGAAGCCCGAGACGCAAAGUGUGGUAAAAUUCAGUGUCAAGGAGGGGCCAACCGGCCUGUGAUUGGCACCAAUGCCGUCUCCAUAGAAACCAACAUCCCUCUUCAGGAAGGAGGGAGAAUCCUGUGUCGGGGGACGCACGUCUACCUGGGUGAUGACAUGCCUGACCCUGGACUGGUUCUGGCUGGCACCACGUGUGGAGAGGGCAUGAUGUGUCUAAAUCGUCAGUGCCAGAAUGUCAGUGUGUUUGGUGUGCACCAAUGUUCAGGGAAGUGCAGCGGACGAGGGGUGUGUAACAACAAGAAGAGCUGCCAUUGUGAGGAGCACUGGGCCCCUCCCUUCUGUGAGAGGGCGGGGUUUGGAGGCAGCCUCGACAGUGGACCAAUGAGAUUGUCAGAUGUGCGUGUGUGUGUAUUAAUGUGCGUGUUGUCGUAUGUGACGUCAGCUGACAGCAGGGGGGUUGCCGUGGCAAUCCUGGCCACCCUCCUUAGCCUGAUGGGUGCUGGGUUCCUGGUAUUUCUCAAGAGGAAGACUCUGGUCCGUCUGCUCUUCACCAACAAGAAGACCACCAUGGAUAAACUGAGGUCUGUUGGGUCCACCAGGGCAACCAGCCCCAGCCAGACACAGUCCAUGUACAGUUCACGACGCAAGCCCCUAGCCAAGCCUCCAGGUGCCAGCGUAUACAAGCCAUCCCACCGGAGUUUGGAGCCUCUCCUCCCUUCACACAGUUUGCAUUCCCACAGCUUACGGCGGUUGCCCAACUACCAGCCCAUCCACAUCAGCCACCCCAUGCCUGUCUCCCUGAGUGUGGGACAGCAACCUCUGCCCCCAGUCCCACCCCACCACAGGGCCCUGCCGGCCCACGCUGCCCUCUCCCCACCGCGGGCACCACCCUGCCACAGCCUGCCCAGACAGCAGCCCUACAGGAUGGACCAGGACCGUGAGAAGCCCAGUCCGCCCCAGAAGCCCCUGCCUGCAGACCCUCUGGACAGGCGUGCUUGGGUGGAAAGCAGCACCUCGGUGGUGGGGGUCCGCCUCCCUGGACCCAUCCCUAUCCCCAUCCCCACCGUGCCCAGGCCCCUGCUCACCAUCCCACAACCAAACAGACAUGCACCCAUACAAUCCCUGAGACUGCCUAAGACUCAUCAUUUCGACCGCUGAUCACAAAGAAAUGGAGAUGGAAUAGUGGGGAGCUCUAUGGAUGGAGACCCAUAUUUGCACUACAAGACUCUACCAGACCUUUGCAACUUUGAAAGGGUCUCAGAGUUUUAGGAAAAGGGGACUGACUUCAAACAUUGGUGCUAUGCCUCUGAAAGGUGCUUUUGUUGUCCUCACUCAGGUACAAAUGAACUAUUUAAUGUCUUGUAACUCACUAAGCAGCAGUGUUAGGGACUGGGAGUUUAUGUUCAGUUUGUCAUUAAUAAGAACUGCUUUCACAUUCCAAGGCAUCCACUCACUUCAUAAUCAGCAACAGUGUCGGACUGACAUGUUGGACUUGUCAAUUGAGGUGUGUUUCGAGCACAGGUGGUUGGUUGGUGGCACCUUAAUUGAGGAGGACGGGCUUGUGGUAAUGCUGGAGCAGAUUAAGUAGAAUGGUAUGAAAUACAUUAAACACAUGGUUUCCAUGUGUUUAAUGCCAUUCCAUUUGCUCUGUUCCAGCCAUUAUUAUGAGCCGUCCUCUCCUCAGCAGCCUCCACUGGUUUCAAGUAAUCCAAUUCGGUGCAGAAGCAAGGGAAUUGUUCAGAAUGGACACAUACUUGAGAAUUGACAUUUUGGAUUAUUGUUCGAUCUUUGUAUUCAUACAUGAUCUACAUACAUGAUCUUUAUUCAUACAGUAUGUACCCUAAUAUGAGUUCAUUGACAGGGUAUUGGACCCAAGUAUAGAACUACAGUACCACAGAGAAAAGUAUCUCUGACCUUGAAGUUUUUCUCCGCUGGCGAACUUGAACACGUUUACAAACUUACAAAUGAUUUUGGGCUCUUACAUGCCCUUAAUAGUUCAUGUUGUGACCACAGACUUGAAGGAUAUGCUGUAGUCACCGCUUUCAUAAAUACUCAACUCUCUUACACACAGUUUGGAGUAUUUGCUGGCAGUUGUGUAAUACGUAAUGCUCCCAGCGGGGCCAGGAGAGUCUAAAAUGAGCUGACACUGCUGGGUUCCAGAGAAUUACAGCAACACCAAAUAAUGCAAUAUAACUGGGCUGGUGGAGGAGCGUGCUACACUUCAGCUCACUUGAUGCUGUGGUGUCAAGAUGACUUCAGUGUUGUGAACAGUCCAAACCCCACUUAGAUGGUGUCCAAUGUUUUAUUCAUUUUUAUCUUUUCAAAGUUUACUCAGACAAAAGUAUGCACAAGUGGUUUACUUUAUGAGGUAAUUGCCGGUACUUGACCUCAUGGUUAUCAUUAUUCAUUUAGUAUUGGAGCUCGGUCUCACACAUUGGCACACAACUCUCCUUGAGGUUUUCAAGACAAUUCCAAUUAAGUUGAAUUUGUCCUUUGAAAUAUUACAGUCUUACAGCAAAUAUAUCCAAUACCUGUACUGAAUGUCCUGUUCUUUUCCCUUUAAACUUUACUUUACUUUAAUUUGUGGACUAAGUGACACAAUUGAUUUUCAAUACAUUAAAAUGUUGUCCAAAUUAAAGUAGAGACUGUGGGUACAUAAUGUCUUGGCCACAAUAUGGUUAAUUAAAUAUAGCUCUGAUGGGUGCUGAGUAAGUGUUCAUCAUACUGCUCAGUCACCUGGCAUGGCACGGGGUGUGUGUGUGCGUGCAUGCCUGCGCGUGUGUGUAGCAGCAAGCUUACCAUAUGAAGUUAUGACCUCACUCUCAUAACUACUUUUGCAAGGUUGUUUCAACAGGAGGGAACUUUUACAUGAAAAAGUAUUCAGUACAGCAGUAAACAGGGGCACAUGUGGUUGCAUUAUUGUAGGUGUAAAACAAAAUAUCAAACCUGGUCUGCAAUGUAUUGUGAUCACCAAUAUACUGUUGUGCUUUAAUUCAAUGGAUGCAUGUGCGUGUACUCAUAAUGCAGUGUAUGUCUUGUCGCUCAAUAUUGUGGAAUGCACUACUCGCUACUCAUCAGACUUGCAUUGCGUAGUUGCAUUUACACUUUUAGUAAUCACUGUAUAUGUUCCUUUUUACAGAUUUAGAUAAACUGCUAUCUGAUGUCAGCAUUUGUCAGAUCUUCAGAUCUAUUCACAUGUAAAAGUUGCUUUCUACAAAUGUACUGUAUUUUUUGUUUCACUGUUACAUUUUCAAAUUAAAAGCCAUUGUACAGUUAGUGUAAAUAUAGUAUCUGUCAGCAAUCAUUAUUUUAUUUUACAAGAGCAGUGAGAACCACAAUGUGAUGGUUUCUCCUGUUCAAUAAAACAUGUAUUUUUUUUAUUAAACUCCAUUUGGAAUGAGGAUUAUGGUAAAAGAUUGGAUUCUGGAGCAGUUGGAGUACUUGAACAUUAUUGCGGAGCCAAAUAAAUGAGGUUUCUCUUAUGCUGUU